ACGCUUAAGCUGGUCACUCUGACUCUGCCGGUUUUAACAAUUUUACUGAAGUCUCGCUAAUUUAACAACAAAUAUAGUUAUGCUGUCCCUAAGCGAUCCCAACAAUGCUGGUGGCAUUCCCGACAAGGCGUGGCAGCCGCACUUCGUGACCCUGGAAACGAGCAUGGGAGAAAUCACCGUGGAGCUGUACUGGAAACACGCGCCCAACACCUGCCGCAACUUUGCCGAACUCUCGAGAAGGGGCUACUACAACAACGUGGUGUUCCACCGGAUCAUCAGGGACUUCAUGAUCCAGGGCGGCGAUCCCACGGGCACUGGCCGCGGAGGCGCCUCCAUCUACGGAUCGGAGUUCGCGGACGAGCUGCACGGCGACUUGAGGCACACGGGCGCGGGCAUCCUCUCGAUGGCCAACUCUGGACCGGACACCAACGGGUCCCAGUUCUUCAUCACGCUGGCGCCCACGCAGUGGCUGGAUGGCAAGCACACGAUCUUCGGCAGGGUCUACACGGGCAUGGAGGUGGUCAAGCGGAUCGGCAUGGUGGAAACCGACAAGAACGAUCGCCCCGUGGAUCCCCUAAGGAUCAUCAAGGCCAAGGUGGAGAAGCUGUGAGCCAAGGAGGUGGAUUUUUUGGAGGAACUGCUAGAAUAAGUACGAUUUAAACAAGCGAAAGGUAUCUUUCCAUAUGGAUUUUAUAACACUGAUUAUAUGUAUUUACGG